ACGAUUCAAGAAUCAUCUCCAUGAUAGACACCGUUCAUGGACAGCUCAUGGGCCAGGCAUUGGCCCAAAUGUUGGAUGACGUGGGUCCUCAGCUCAGCCCCCAUUCAGUGCAUGCUGUUUUCUCAUCCCCUGUUUCUUCUGUACGCUGGGACCUGCAGACCAUCAGUCAGGGCAAGAACUUUAUCAAUAAAGCCAUUCGUGGCCAAAGCAACGGACAUACUCGAUGUGCCAUCAACUGUUCACUAACCUCAAGAAACUCCUACGAGAAUCAACUCAAACAGUACGAUCACUACCAAGAAGAAGUCCAGAAAAAAAGGUCUGAGUCUGAGGCCAAUGGGUUGGAGUUCGAUGAUGACGACAUCGACAUCAAAAAGGUUGAUUUUCCUUUCAGAUUCCAGGUGCCGUUCCCAGAGGGUGUUAAGAAUUUGAAAUUGCUGAAAUUGGACCUGGUGGUUGAUGGGGACAUGGAGUUCAAGUUACCCCAGGGCCGGACCCUUGAUUUUCAGUCAGAUAAUUACGAUAAAACUACCAGUUUUUUCGUCCGUCUAGUCCAGCCAACCACCAACAAGUUUGUAGAUUUGGCUCAAUUGUCUGAUGGGCUCGGUAUUUUCCAGUUCAAAACUGGCACCAGGCAAAACCGGUCGGUGGUGCACACCAGAGUGCUUCUCGUACACGAUAUCGACUUUGAUACCAGUCAUUUCCUAACGGUACAGGCCCGCUUGGUAGCGUACAAGCAUGGCCAGCUUUUAAUGGAGGCUGAGAUUUUCAACCUCAAUGGCAUUCAAGUGGCCACUAUUCAUCAGCAGAGUUCUGUUAUUGUUGAAUCUUCCGUCAAGCUUUAGAAUAUAUAAUAAUCGCGAAAACUGGUUUCUUCUCAUACGUCAACUA